CCCACACUGCAAGAAUGCUAUAGACAUUGUCACGCACCCAUGCAUGUUUAGGAUGCUUCCCUGAAAAGUGAUCUUCACUGUUCCAUUUUAUACGUGGAGGUAGGAGACCAGUAACUGGGUCCUGAAAGAAAACACAAGUUGUUAGAAAGGAGAUUCUUGGAGUUCAAGAAUGUUGAGUCCAAUGUCAUCGACUUUGCUGAAACUAGAGCAAGAAAAUUACACUGCUGAAGGUUUCAAUGACGAGUUAAUCAAGGAACUUGAGGCCUUGGACAUCUCUGGAUCCACAAGAGAAGAUCGAUUUGUUAUUCAUAAAGUUUAUUUCGAAGCUUUUAUCAAUAACCAGUCCAUAUUUAAAGACCUUCUGAAUGAAAUCAAAAAUGAAUACGAAGAAUGCAUUAAUACCAUUUUAAGAGGCAAGAGGGAGUUGCUCUUUGUAGUGAGCAAGCUUGCACAAACAGUUGGAGCAAUGCCUACCUUAAGACAUUACAAGAAUAGACGAGAAGACCUCCAGAAUAAAACAUUAUUGCUGCAACAAGACAACAAAAGGAUCGUUGAAAAAAUCAAGGCCAUCCGCCAACGACAAAAAGAACUAAUCGUUGAUGACGCUCCAUUGGAAGAUACCUCAGAAACUUUAAAACUUUAUCGCCAAAAUGUUCCGCAAAUACCUGAUCUUACUAUCGAAGAACAAUUGCAUAUCCCAACGCUCAAGAAAAAACUUGUUUCUGUUUCACAAAAACUGUCGAAAUUUAAGGAGGAUCAUAAGAGAAGGUAUCACCUUAAGAUAUCACAGCAAAACCUUCUGGAUCGACUUCUUCAAAAGGAGGAAAUAAAGAACAAUUUAGAACAAGAGACUAAGUCCUUAGAAUUGAAACUUUGUACAUUAAACGUUUCCUUUUCAGAAGCACUCGAGAAGAUUGGCAAGAAAAAAGAUGCCACAGAUAUCUCGGAGAAAAUUGCAAAUGUCUUGGAGCUAUUGAGAGAUGACUUUGUUGACCUGCCAACAAUGAGAGAUGAAGAGAAAACAGAAGGUAGUGAAACUACUGUAUAUCCUAUGGAUGACAACCAUUCUUCACCAAACACAAGCUCCUCUGAAACAGAKGUAAUACAGCAUCAUGAUGCCCAUGAUACUGAAAUCUUGGCUAAUUGCAAAGCAACCUUCCAAGACUUGCUUGAAAAUAAAGAACUCGAAGAGCUAGCUCUUCUUGCAGCACACGCACCUAAGGGUGUUCUACGAACAAAGGAAAAUUUUAAUAUAUUGAAAGAGCUAGGAAGUGGGGUACUGAAGAUUUACUGGGAUGCCCUUCUUUCUACUCUUUUGAUUCAACAUUCAAAGUUAUCAGCCUGGGAAUCCGCUGAGUAUGUGAAAUGGUCCUUAGAAAAUGAUGAAAAAGAACACCUGAUUCACUGGAUAGCACAAAACGUGAUAGAUGACAGUACCAAGAUUGCUGAUGAAAUUGUCGGAUACUGCCAGUGCACUGACGGAAGCUGUCAUUGUGGGCUCUGGAGUUUGGCACAGACAGUUUUUAUAAGAAUCGGCGAUUUUAAAAAGGCGAUGGCCUGCCUGCUCCAGCAAGGAAGAUAUCUGGGAGCCCUGGAGUAUGCAAGUAAACGUUGUCUUUUUGACAAGAAAGAUCUCCUGGAUAUUUUUUAUCUGGUCCCAUCAAAGUUACUGGCUACCAAGUUAAGUCAAAGGAAAAAGCCUUUUGAUUCUCUCUUUACCAUUGAAGAGCUCAUUUCCAUUUUGAUGAGGACCCAAGAUGACAUUAGUCUUACUCGUGAUCUGAUAAAAGCUGUGUUUGGGGAAGGAUACCAAAUUGAUUAUUGUGCUAUUGACAAGCCAGGAAUGAACGAUAAUUCAAGAGAAACGAUCCGAAAAUGGAAGGAUCUUUACCAGUCAUGCUGGGAUCUUGGACUCCAUAGCCUUGCAAAGAGACUAUUUGCAUAUGUGAUGGUAAAAGAUGUCAUGGUGUCAGCCAGGAAGAUACACAUCGUUAAGCGCUUCUUCCUUGGAGUGUAGAUAGAGCAGAAAAGAAGACAUUGUCAGUCAUUCCGGCGCCGCGUCUGUCGGCUUACCGGAUUGUCAGGGAGCUGCGCCAAACCAAUCAUGUCACUUAAUUGAAUCAGCGCAAAUCCUAUUUGUUGUUCGUUAUACUGUAAAAAAAACGAAUGUUAAUUUGAUAUACCACACUUGCUCAUCAAAAAGAGUGCAUUUUGACUUGGUAUCGUAUGUACACUUUUAUCGAAAGUUCAUCUUAAGUGUACAAAUUUAGAGUUAGAUUUUAGGAAACUUAGAAACUUAGAACUUUUACCACGAGUAAUAAAUGUAGGAUAUCGUGAUAGAAAUAUGACAUUUCAGAGUUUAAUCAAUCGAUUACACAAAAUUUAAACAUGAUCUUUUCAUGACGUACCGGACAAAGAAUUCAUACAUGGUUUUUUUWAAUCUAGUAAUCUAAAGAUCUUCAGUUGCUUAUUCAAAAAUGGGGAAAAGUGGGGUUCACCGACUUGGUUAUCAAGUUAUAAGAGAUCGUAAUAGGGGGUAAUUCCAUGAAUUAUUCGCAUUGGACUUGUUCCAAUUAUACAUUUAAGGUUUUGUGUGGAAAGUGUAGGACGAUCAAAAAGCCUAGAGUAAUCUAAACGACGAAUCUUAUCGAAGUUUAUCUAGCAUUUCAAGUUAUAAAAUUUAUUUGAUGAGUUUCUUCAAACUGACCUGGGUUCUAGUACUUUAUACAUUCCCUUGAAACUUGUGAAAUCGUCUUUGUAAUCUCCAGGAUACUAACGCCCGUUUUGAUAUUGAUGUUGAAACUAAAGAGGUCAAAAUAA